AGGAGUGGGGGGAGAGGGAGGAGGAGGAGGAGAGUGGCUACUAGUACUAGCUAUCUUUGGAGUGGGCGUUUCUUGGCCGGCGGCGAUGGAGCAGGUGCGGCGGAAGAGUAGCCUGAGGUCGCAUGGCUCAGGCAAGUCCUCGCCGCGGGUGGGAUCGGGGGUGUUCGAUGAGCGGUCCGGACUGGCGGCCGAUCGUGACGGCGGCGAGGAAGGGGAGGUGGUCGUGAGGAUCGACGGGGAGGGGCCUUGCCGCGAGCCGUUCGCGUUCCCCGGCCAGGAUGGCGGUGGGGCGGGGAAUGUGAGCCCGAACACCGACUCCACGGCGAGCACGCCGCGGGGGGCGAGCAGGACGUGGUCCAGCUGGACCAACUCGCCGCGAUCCCCGCCCAAGGUGAGGCGGGACGGGAGCGUUGAGUUUUGGAAGAAUGAUGGCGGCGGGGACGGGGGCAGCGAUGGGGGUGGAGGCAGAGGCGGUGGCGGUGGCGGUGGCGGUGGCCGGCGCGCCUGCGAGGCGUUCAGCUUCAAGAACCGGGCGCCGCCGCGGCCUUCGUCGUCGCAGGCGUCGUCCCCUUCGCUAUCGCCGCAGCCGGCACACGCUGCGGGUGCGGUAGACGGCGGCGAGGAUCCGCCCACGCGUCUCAUCGGGAACUUCCUUCGGAAACAGAAGGCGUCCGGCGCCGAGCUGUCGCUGGACCUCGACAUGGAGGAGCUCGGGAGGCCGUCGCAACUGCAUGCGCAGCCAUCCUUCUCAAACUCCCUGGAACGCGAGGCGCGAGUCUCCUUCCAACCGAAAAGGCGUGUCGCCUCGUCCUCUGACUCCGACUCCGACACCGGAGGUAGCCGUAGGCGCGGCGGCGACGACGGCGAGGUUGUUCGCUGCACGUCCAGUUCCACUGCAGCGGGACACUUGAUGCGAGCCAAAACGCGAUCCCGGCUGAUGGACCCGCCGCCGCAGCCCCAGCCGGCGUCCGCGGUCCCUCCCGUCGGCGACGAGGAGAGGAGAUCCUCUGUCUUGCGGACGCCUACGAAGUCCGGCCAGUUCAUCUCGGGCCUCAUGACCGGCAAGUCCGGGCAAAUCGCCAAGUCGGGCCCGUUGGAAGAGGAGGAGGAGGACCCAUUCAUGGACGAGGACAUCCCCGACGAAUUCAAGCGCGGGAAGCUGGACGCCAUCACUAUCCUUCAGUGGCUCAGCUUGGUGCUCAUCAUCGCGGCAUUGGCGUGCAGUCUCACCAUCAAGGCCCUGUCCGGGAAGAAGGUCUGGGGGCUGCACCUCUGGAAGUGGGAGCUCCUCGUGUUCGUGCUCAUCUGCGGCCGCCUUGUCUCCGGCUGGGUCAUCCGGAUCGCCGUGUUCUGCGUCGAGCGCAACUUCUUGCUGCGCAAGCGCGUGCUCUACUUCGUGUACGGCGUGCGCAGCGCCGUGCAGAACGCGCUCUGGCUCGGCCUGGUACUCUCCUCUUGGCACUUCAUGUUCGACAAGAACGUCCAGCGGGAGACGAACUCGCCUGUGCUGCCCUACGUGCAGAAGAUACUGUUCUGCUUCCUCGUCGCCACGCUCAUCCGCCUCGUCAAGACGCUGCUGCUCAAGGUGCUGGCAUCCUCCUUCCAUGUCAACACAUACUUUGACCGGAUUCAGGAGGCAUUGUUCAACCAGUUUGUCAUCGAGACGCUCUCCGGGCCGCCCCUAGUUGACGAAAACCAAUUCCUUGCUGAGAUGCAUGAGCUUCAACGCGCAGGAGCAACCAUCCCAGCUGAGCUCCGUUCCACUGUACCAACCAAGAAUCUUUCAGGGCAAAGGAGUAUUCGGAUGUCCGGGGUGAUUCCUAAGGGAGAAGGGAGCAAGCAGCUGUCAAAAGAGAAAGGAGAGCACCAGAUUGAGGAGGGGAUCACCAUUGACAAGCUUCAUAAACUCAACCAGAAAAAUAUCUCAGCUUGGAACAUGAAAAGGUUGAUGAGGAUUGUUCGGUUUGGGACGCUCACGACAAUGGAUGAGCAGAUACAGCAGGCAACGGGUGAGGGGGAUGAGUCAGCGACACAGAUUCGUAGUGAAUAUGAAGCCAAGAUUGCUGCCAAGAAGAUCUUUCACAAUGUGGCGAAGCCUGGCUCCAAGUAUAUAUACUUGUCAGAUUUGCUGCGUUUCAUGAGGCAGGAAGAAGCCAUCAAAACAAUGGAUCUUUUCGAAGGAGCACAGGAGCACAGCAGGGUUAGCAAGAGAUCUCUAAAGAACUGGGUGGUGAAUGCAUUUAGAGAGCGCAAAGCCCUUGCCCUAACACUUAAUGAUACAAAGACUGCAGUGAACAAGCUCAACCAGAUGGUUAAUGUUGUUGUUGGGAUAAUUGUGUUUGCCCUCUGGCUACUUAUUCUGGGUAUAGCAACAACACAUUUCUUUGUCUUCCUCAGUUCACAAGUUCUUGUGGCAGUUUUUGUAUUUGGGAAUACUUUGAAGACAAUUUUUGAGGCAAUUGUGUUCUUGUUCGUGAUGCAUCCUUAUGAUGUUGGUGAUCGCUGCGAAAUAGAAGAUUGUCAGGUGGUUGUUGAGGAAAUGAAUAUAAUGACAACAGUGUUUCUCCGAUAUGAUAACCUGAAGAUCUAUUAUCCAAACAGUGUACUUGCCACAAAACCGAUUAUGAAUUACUACAGGAGUCCUGAUAUGGGAGAAGGAAUUGACUUCUCCGUUCAUGUUGCCACCCCAGUGGAGAAAUUAGCCCUUAUGAAGGAAAGAUUAUUACGUUACAUCGACAACAAGAAGGACCAUUGGUAUCCUGGUGCAAUGAUUGUCCUCCGUGAUGUGGAUGACACCAACAAGCUGAAAGUGUCCAUAUGGCUCCGGCACACACUCAACUGGCAGGACAUGGGGAUGAGGUUCGUAAGGAGGGAGCUGGUGCUCCAAGAGAUGAUCAAAGUUCUCAAGGACCUCGACAUAGAAUACAGGAUGCUGCCACUCGACGUGAACGUGCGAAACGCGCCCCCUAUCCAGUCCACGAGGAUGCCAACGACAUGGAACUAUUCCUGAUUACUGAAUCGGUGAAUGCACCAGAUCAUUCAGCUAUGAGAUUACAGAGAGGAGGAAAUGCCUUUGAUCGAGUUUGAGCUGCAAGAUCCUGGUGGCAACUAGCAAGUGUUCUGCGCUGCAAGAGCUUGGUAACAACUAGCAAGUAGUGGAUAGCAUGUAAAAACUAGCAAUGGUUGUUAUUGUUAGUGUGCUUGAAGCCAUCAUCACUUGGUAGUUGGUGCAGUAUGUAAUUACUGGUGCUGUGUAGUUGAUGGAUAACGUAGAUACAGAGAUAAAGAGUUUUCAUUCCAAAUGGUGAAAGCAGUAAUAAAAAGUUCAAUGGGUGAACUCCUAUUUCUGAUUC